AUGGUGCAACUUGGAUGGCAAGGUUGUGAUGGCCGAGAAUUCUGUGUCGACCUAGCCAAGGCCGGUUGCAAGGUCGUGGCAGCUGCUUGUCGAAUUGACCGACUCAAGUCUCUUUGCGACCAAAUCAAUCAGUUCACUUCUCCAACUCCAAGUCCUUCUUCAAUGGUUGAUUCACGAGUUGGCAACAGUCCUCGAGCUGUGGCCGUUGAGCUAGAUGUGACUGUCGAUGGUGGCACCAUUGACGUGUCCGUCCAGAAAGCUUGGGAUGCAUUUGGUGUCAUUGAUGCUUUGGCAAACAAUGCUGGUGUUAGAGUAAAAAUUUAG